AUGGCUGCCCCCAUAGAUAAGUUGUUUAUGGAAAUAGACAAAAAAUUCAACAUAGUUUUAUCCUUAAAACAGAAACAAGCCAUAAACGGAUUAUUCAAUUUAAAGGACGUUUUUGUUGGAACUAAAACUGGCAGUGGUAAGUCAAUGACUUACGAGUGUGCCCCAAUUUUAUUUGACAACGGAACAACGUUGAUCAUCUCUCCGUUAACAUCGAUCAUGAAAGAACAAGUUGAACGCCUGAAAGGACUAGGGUACAAAGCCAUAUACAUUGGAACUGAAGAAGAUGACAUUAACGGAAUAAGGAAUGGUCACUAUCACUUUGUUUUCGGUAGCCCGGAACUCCUAGUUGGAAACGACAAAUGGCUAGACGUUAUUAAAAGUUCAUCAUUUCAAAGCAACCAUCGAUUAACGGUGGUAGACGGAGCCCAUACAGUUGUGCAUUGGGGCCAGGGAUCUGCGCAGGAAAGCCCAUUCAGAGAGUGGUUUUCUCAUAUUGGAGAACUUAGAUCGUUAAGUCUGAAUGUUCCAGUACUGGCAUUGACAGCGACGGCAAGUCCAACAAACCGAAAAAAGAUCAUGAAAAGUCUUUGCUUCAAGGCCGAUAAUGUUGUGAUCCUGGACAACCCUGAUCGCCAAAACAUUAAAAUUACGGUAAUCACAAUACCAAACAAUGUAGAUAAUGAAAAGCUUUUUCACUGGCUUAUUAAAGGAGUAAUGCAGAAGAAGAGUGACUUUGAAAGACAUUUAAUUUUUUGUUCCUCAAUUAAGGAUUGUUCCCACUUAUUCUGCAUGUUGUCAAGACUGAUAGGGAGUACAGAGCUUGUGAACAUGUACCAAAGUAAGACCCCUGAAUUUGUGAAAGAAAAUAUUCGCACAGAUAUGGGAAGUGAAACUGGAAAAAUCAGAGUAUUGAUAUGUACUAAUGCAGCCGGAAUGGGUGUAAAUUUUAAGAAUCUACAUUGUGUUAUUCAUUAUGGGGUACCCCAUGACCUAGAUACUUUCGUACAGCAGAUGGGACGAGCUGGGAGAGACAGCACCUUUUCUGAAGAAAUACUUUUGGUCAAGAAGAACAAAAAACUUUUCAAGAAAAUUGAUCCAGAAAUUUUGAGACUUGUUUCAUCAGAAAAUGAAUGUCGAAGGCAGAUAAUCUCCUCAGCUUAUCUUGCUACAGCCGAUCCCGUAGACAGCCAUUUAUGCUGUGAUGCUUGCAACAAAAAGUGCAACUGUCGCAUUUCACAUGCAACUCAUCCCUUACAUGGGUGGAAGGAUGUUUCUGUAGAAGAGGCAAUGACUAGAGAGGUUGCUCAAGAAGACAGACUUAUUUUGCGACACAAAUUGCGUACAUAUAAGGAACAGUGUCCGACAGUGCCCUCUAUUGAUGUGUUACAAGAUGAUAGUAUUUCUUUGCUAGUUGAUAAUGUAGAUAAAAUAUUCUCUAUGGAGGAUGUCAUGAAAUAUGGUUCGAUAUGGACUUCCCAUAUUGCAAUGUCUGUUUUAGACAUUAUAAAUGAUGUGUUUCUUGAUAAUGAAAUGUAUGAUAUUUCUGAAAACGAAAUUGAUGACAGUAGUAGUGACUAUGAUGUUGAAUAA